AUGCAGGGUUGGAUAGCCUAUAAAGACCAUUGUUACCACAUUGGUUACGGAAGUCGUUUAACGUUUUCUGCUGCACGGCGGUAUUGUCAACGUCUGGGUGCUUACCUUGUUCGGCCUGACACGUUAGAUGAAAAUACUUUCUUGAACGGAUUUCUUAAGAAAUCUAAUGCUGGAAGUACGUGGAUUGGACUGACUGACAAGUCUCAAGACGGAAUCUGGAGAUGGUAUGACACAAAGAGUCUUGCAACAUGCUCUUACUGGGCUCUAGGGGAACCUAACAAUUUUGGCAAUCGCAAUGAAGAGUGCGUUCAUUUUGACUACGGUAAAGACUAUAAGUGGAAUGAUAAUACUUGUCGUCACAUGUUUACACCUUUGUGCGAAAAAGACUAAAUGUUAGGUCCUUAAAGAUACAAAAUUGACACAAAUUCAAUUGCUAGUUUUUUUUUCUGUAUUUUCUUCAGUUACUUUAUUUUUCUAUUUGAAUUAAUAAAUAUAAAAAAUAUUUCAUUUACUUUCGUUUAUUUAAUAUACACAACAAUAUUUUUAGAUACAAAUUAUAACAUUGUUUUCAAAUAUCAUAGUAAGUUAUACAUUAACAAAACAAUUAUUUGAAAUAAGCUGUCAAUAAAAUUACGGACAUUGCAA